CUUGAAUCUAAUUUUUUCUCAACAAAGGUUUGAAAAUUCUGGAAAAAAAUUGAAAAUUCUUUCGCUUGUAUCAUAAGAGAGAUUCGUGAAAGAAGAGAUCGAUGAGCAACAACACAACAUCAUUAGAAGCAGCUCUAAACAUAACAUGGGUGUGUCAAACGAUGCACCAGGUUCGAUCGAGAGGGUUGUUCUUUGGGGACAAUCCCUUCCAUUUCCCUGCCCCUGUCCUCAUGGCACAACUCAUCGUUAGCGCUUCCCUCAGCCUUCUCAUCCAUGCAAUCCUCACCCCUCUUGGAGAAAGCGCCUUCAUUUCCAUGAUGUUGACAGGGUUUUUUCUGGGACCAUCCGUGUGGGGACACAACAAUGAAAUCUUGAAGGCGUUAUAUCCACUAAAGAGUUUCUACAUCAACGAAACAUUCGCCUUUUUGGGUUGCCUACUCUUCAUGUUUGUCGUGGGAGCUAAAAUGGACAUGAGCAUGCUGAUUCGAGCCGGGAAGAAAGCAGAAGUCAUUGGCUUCCUCUCCUUCCUCGUCCCCCUAACAUUCAACCUCACCACAGCCAGCUUCCUCGCGAAGCGAAACCCUAACUCGGGCCCCGUGCCUCCCAACCUCUUGUACCACAUGGCUGCGUUCCAGUCUGUCAGCUCGUUCCACGUCAUCACCUGCCUCCUAGCCGACCUCAACCUCCUUAACUCCGAGCUGGGCCAACUGGCGGUUUCAUCGUCGAUGGUGAGCGGGACUUGCAGUUGGGUGAUGGUCAUUUUCAUCUUCAUCGCACGGCAAGACAACUUCGUAUCUACGACGGCUAUGAUGUGGACCUACUUGUCGUCUUUGUUUCUGUUGUUGCUCGUCAUCUUGGUGCUGAGGCCGAUCAUGUACGUGAUGAUCCGGAACACGCCGGAAGGGAAGCCCAUAAGGGAGGGCUACAUUCUCAUCAUCUUCAUCAUGGUUCUCGUGAUGGCUCUCUCAGGGGAGGUUUGCGGCCAACAUUUCUUGCUGGGCCCGGUGGUGUUAGGGCUGGCGGUGCCCGAUGGUCCGCCCCUGGGGACCGCGAUAGUGCAGAGGCUGGAGUCCUUCGUGACUUGGAUUCUUCUCCCUAGCUACUUUGUGUACAGCGUGGCCGGGGUGAAUGUUUUCUCGGUUGAUUGCAGCAUUGUCACCUCGGUGGCUACCUUGGGCUUGACUAGUUUCAUGGGGAAGGUUGUGGCUGUGAUUGUGCCUUCCAUGUACUUCAAGAUUCCUCUCAUGGAUGCACUUUCUUUGGGACUCGUCAUGAGCUCUCAAGGCAUUACCGAUGUCAUGAUGCUUCAACAAGCACGCUUGUUAUUCAUUCUUGAUGAUCAAACGUACAGUUUCAUGGUGGCAGCAAUAGUGGUGGUGACAGGAGUGCUCACCCCAUUAAUCAAACUGUUGUACCAGCCAUCAAAGCGUCUCAAGUCAUCAUGGAAAAGAGGCAUCCAACACACCACCCAAAAUAUGGAGCUGAGGAUGCUGGUUUGCAUCUACCACCCGGAGUGCACUCCUUCCCUCAUAAGCAUUCUGGAGAUGUCCAACCCGGCCACCAAGUCCCCGAUUUGCUGCUACGUCAUCCACCUAAUGGAGCUCGCGGGGCGGUUGUCCCCUAUACUAGUGCACCACCGUCGUGGCACCAUCAGCUCCCAGGCCCAGAGCUCGAGCCACAUUGUCAACGCCUUCAGAUUCUACGAGGAACAGAACCCGGGGGGCAACCUCUCGGUGAAUCUAUUCACGGCCAUCUCGCCUUUCAACACGGUCCACGAGGAGGUCCACAGGAUUUCGUUGGAGAAGAGAGCGUCCAUGCUGGUCCUGCCUUUCCACAGGCAGUGGAAGAUUCACGGGUUCGAGGACGACCCAAAAGUCAGGUCGGUGAACCGCCACAUCCUCCACAAGUCUCCUUGCUCCGUCGGGGUUUACGUUGAUCGAGGCACGCUGCAGAGGUGCCUCAUCCAGACGGCCACCGCUUUGUUGUGCAGCAUUGGGGUCAUCUUCAUCCAGGGGAGAGACGACAGGGAGGCGUUGGCGUACGCAAUGCGCAUGGGAGAGAAGCCUAGCGUCGGAGUCACGCUAGUCCAUGUUGUCGAGACGGACUACCAGCCCACCACGGUCAACUCUUGUGUCGACUUUGAGUUGGACUAUCAACUCGUCUGCGACUUCAAGAUCGCCACAGUUGCGAGGAGGCAUCACGUUUAUAUGGAAGAGAACGUGAGCGAUAGUGUGGAGAUGGUGAACGUGAUUCGACGCUGUGAGAAUUGGUUUGACUUGAUUUUGGUAGGGAGGCAUCACGAUAGGGAAUCAGUGAUAUACAAAGGAUUGGCGGAGUGGAAUUCGGAGUUCCCUGAGUUGGGCUUUGUUGGGGAUAUCUUGGUCGCUUCAGAUUCUCAGUGCCAAGCUUCGGUUCUGGUUGUGCAGCAGCAGAGAUUAGACAUGUCAGCAGAUUAUGGUGGUUCUUAUGAUAGGGGAUCGGUUACAGACGAUGCAAUGUCCACGGUAACGGGCGCAUCAAGUACUAUUGCCAACCCUUGGAGACCUAAUAAAGUUCGAUCUGGAAAACUAUAGUGAUAGGAAUUAUUUUGUUUUUUUGUUAAUGUUGUUGUAGCUAGAUAUGAACAUAUACCGAUGUUGAUACUUGAUGCUAAUUAAGAGAAUGGUGAAGCUUUCCUUAGUUGUAUAGUUGGGUUUUGAAUUCGAUGGAAUCUAGGGAGUAGUUUGUGAAUGACAUAAACUAUUCAGUUUUCAUUUAUUUCCCCCUUAAAUUUGUUGCUAAAGUUUGAGUGUGUCAAUGUGCUA